AUGUCAGAAAUCAAAGGGAGGCAACGGGAUCCUCCUCCGGCCCUGUUUCUCCAUCCAUCCCCUGGCGCGUCGCAUGUUUCUCUUUCCAAUCUCUCAGCUCCUCCGGGUGGUCUGCCCAUCUUGAGACGGGAUCACUCAGCGUUGGAACAUGGCACAUCUCUUCGCUCCGGGACGGCUCUACCGUCCGAUCCGCACCGAACUGGUAGAGCAGGCAGCACACGGAGUACGGAUAAGACUGACGCGCUAUGGGCGGAGAUGCAGGCCACACUGGAGGAGGUCGAGCUAUCAGCGUCUGGUGGUACGCAUGUGUUUGGGCCAGGGCAUGAUCAAAAGCUUUCAGAAUUACGUUCUGCUCAGAUAAGUCUCGCACAGGCUUGGGCAAGGAGCGAGGCCGAUGAGUCUUUGGGAUUAUCUUUUGGAGAUAAAGAAUCACCCUCUACUGGCGGCGAGGUUCGUAAUUUACGCGGCGUUUUCGUGGAGCCUCCCAAGUCAAGUGGUACCGAUGGAACAGAUCAUGCUAGAGGUGUCAACGAGGCAUCGGGUGAAGUUUCUGAUAACAGGAAUGAAAAUACUUCGCCCUUGAGCUCUCAGGCAGCAGGAGAGCCAGAAAUGGACAUUGUGCUCGGCAGGAAAAGAAGAGAGGCCAAUGACAAGUACUUCCAGCGGGUCAAUGAUGGUGUCAUUGAUGUUGUGGCCAAAUUGGAAGAAGUUGCUGUAGCUAUGCGAGCAGUUGAGCAGGAGAGCCAGGACGUAUGGAACGAGGGUGUUGUUUUCGACACAUCACAAUAG